GAAGGAACCAAACCUCAAAACUCAAACACAGAGAGAAAGGAGGAAGAGAGAGAGCGAGAGAGCCGCCCCCACAAACCCUAACCCUAAUCCCUCUUUUUCAGUUUGAGGUGACCAUUCAACACUUUUGUUUCUGAAGGAGGCCACAAUAGCUCCCUCUAGAAAUUUUCCCAGUUUUUUUAAUCGAAAAUUUCGAGAUCGAAGCAGGUUGUGAAUGGUGGAAAUCUUAAGCAUCAGUAAUUUCAUGCGCUCGAUUGCACAAUCGAGGGCGAGCGCUGCUAUUCUCCCUGUCUCCGCCGCUUCAGCUUUCUCUUUCGGCUCCUGCAAGGAAGGCUGGUACUACCGCUGCCUCGGCGUCGACCCGUGAAUCCUAAAUCCCGGCUCGACACCUGUUGCGUUGCGAUAUCGCCCCAAUUGGAUAGACUUAAUUUUGUUCUCCUCUUUCUCGAUUUCGAUUGAUUCGUUUUCAUAUACUCUUUCUGUUGAUAUCAAAUAACCUUCUUUGGGAAAGGGGGAAUCAGUGAGUUCUUUUAUAGCAUUGGAUUUGGAUCUCGGUCUUCAAUCUUGAGUUUUGAAGAUGUUGCUAUACAAGCAGAAGAAGAGCCAGGCUGCCGCCAAGGGCAACAGGUUCCUGAUCAGCAUCACUGUGCUGGGCAGUGCCGGCCCGAUCCGAUUCGUUGUCAACGAGGAGGCUCUUGUGGCUGCGGUUAUUGAUACCGCCUUGAAAUCCUAUGCUCGUGAAGGCCGCCUCCCGAUUCUCGGCUCUGAUCUCAAUGAGUUCAUGCUCUACUGUCCAACUGCCGGACCUGAUGCUCUGAGUCCAUGGGACACAAUUGGAUCGCAAGGAUCUCGGAACUUUAUGCUAUGCAAGAAGCCUCAGCCUGUGAAAAUGGUCGACGCUGAGAUUCCGGCUGCUACAAUUUCUCGCAAGGGGAGUGGGAGCUGGAAGGCAUGGAUCAACAAGUCCCUCAACCUCAAAAUCUCUUCCCAUUAAGCUAAAUCUCUGAGUUAAUGGGCUAGGUGAUUGUUCUUCUAUGGUUUUUGUUUUGCAUUCGCGUCCCUUCAUUAGUUAUAGAGUCAGUCAGGAAUGUGUCCUCGACUGUACUCACUUUUGGAGUUUUGUUUUCGAAUAAAUGAGUUAUCUGGUGUGUUUGUUCUUUUUCUCUAUGAAAUAAUAUCUUUCAGUUAUUUUCCCUGGAAUGUUUCUAGUGAUGAUUGAAACAUGAAUUGAUACUCUAAACUAUUCCAUUUGUUUAUUCUUCAAGGAUCAAACCAAAGCGAGUGACAAUUUUUAGCAGUUCGGCAGUGUUGAUUUGUUUGCUCCAACUUG